AUGGCAUGUCAAGAGUUGAAGAGGGAAAGCUACAAAAUCACAGGUGAUCCAAAGAAGCCUGAUGGUGCUGUGCCAAGUUCCGCCCGCAGAUUAGUCACAACAAGCAUUGACCAGUUUGAUUUCUCGCAGGAUGAAGACUUCAAAAAGCCCAUGAUCACAAUCGCUGCUCCGUGCCCCACUUUCUAUAUCCUUGCGGAAGAGGUGCCGGGUCUGCUGUGGAGUCUUGAAGAUGUGCCAGCUUCAGUCCUGAUAGGAUUCGAACGCUGGCGAAGAGCUGCUGAAGGAGAGCAUCAUGGAAUCCGACACAGGAUCAAAAGCAUGCUUUUCACCAGGCAAUCAGUGCAAGAUCGACUGACAUCCGCAGUGCGGAGCGGCAUUCCGCCCAACCUCAGGGGAACUAUGUGGUUCCUUUGCAGUGGUGGCUUGAGCAAACGGCGGUCGAGCAAAGAAUCAUAUGCUUCGCUAGUGCAAGAAGGCCACAGAUGCAAAGAUUCCACGGCUGGCAGGACAAUAGCCAAUGACUUGCCACGGACUGGCUGUGAUGAAUCGCUCCUGCCAUCGCUGGAAAACGUCCUCCUGGCCUAUGCGGUCCGCAACAAGGAGAUUGGCUACUGUCAGUCCAUGAACUUUGUUGUCGCCACCAUGCUGAUGUACUGCAGCGAAGAGCAGAGCUUCUGGAUCUUGUGCAGUUUGGUGGAAGAUGUCCUCCCAGAAGGAUACUAUACGGAGACCCUUAGCGGGCUUCGUGCAGACUUGCAUCUCUUCAAUUGGUGUGUCCAACAAUUUGUACCACAGCUGGGCCAGCAUUUCGAUCAGAAUUGCAUUGAUGUUGCUCCGAUCUUGAUGAAUUGGUUUAUGUGUCUAUUUGUCAAUACCCUGCCGACGGAACACGCGCAUCGCGUCUUGGACUGCGUGCUCCACGAGGGCCACAAAGCCCUGUUCCGAACAGGACUUUGCGCUGCGGCAGCGCGAUGA